ACACACACACACACAGACACACACACACACACACACACUGACAGGGUAGAACUGCCCCCACAGGGGCCCCAGAACAGAUUACAAGUCUUUUCUGCCACAGACCUGCUGGCUGGGUUUGAACCGCAGACCUUUAGAUCAGCAGUGCAAUGCUUCAGCAUUACAACACCAGGGGACACUGAGACCUGGUUCCCCCAAGGCCUUGGGGUCCUGCCGGCUCUGAAUGCAUGGUUCGCUGCUGCCUGGGGGGCAGCAUAGUACCCAGCAGCCUGUAUAUACGAGGGUGCUGGGGCAUCUGCAUAAUCUCAAGUGUGGGCACACCCAGGGAUGUGGCUCCCACCCCACCCCCCACUCCCACCUGCCUGUCCCCUCAGAACUUUCCUCCCACGCCAGGGCUAAUCUGGACCCCAUCGGAGUCUUGCUUCCCCUUCUGUCAGGGCACUGCCCAUCCCAGCCUCCAGCCUCCGCCUGGAGAUCAAGGUGGAGGUCAGUCUAGCAGCAAGGGGAGGAGGAGCCUCAGGCUUCCCCUUGGCCUGCAAACAGGAACAUUUGAUGCUGAAGAAAAACCCCGGAUGUUGUGUCACUGCAGUUUGGCCAGUUUGAUAGAGAGCCCUUCCUCUCUGGCCCCACUCUGCCCGGGCACUCAGGCAGGGCUGGAGGCCUCUGGAGACUUCUUCCCUCAGGCCCGCCAGGAGCGACCCAUGGGAUUCCAGAACCAGAGUUGGCCUGCUUCCCUCCUCAAUGAUACGGGGUCCCCAGUGGAGGGCUGCGCCCCCAGCCCCACCACCAUCGUGGCUGCCUUCAUGGCGCCCGUCCUGGCCAUCGAGUUUGUCCUGGGGCUGCUGGGGAACGGCGUGGCUCUCUUGAUCUUCUGCUUCCGCCUGCGGCCCUGGACGUCCAACACGGUGCUGCUGGUGUGCCUGGUCGUGGCCGACUUCUUCCUGGUGGCCAACCUGCCCCUCCGCGUGGACUACUACCUGUGCGAAGAGAUGUGGCGUUUCGGGGCGACGGCCUGUCAGGUCAACCUGUUCAUGAUCUCGGCCAACCGCACGGCCAGCGUGGUCUUCCUCUCCACCGUGGCGCUCAACCGCUACCUGAAGGUGGUGCACCCCCACCGCGCGCUGAGCCAGGCCUCGGUGGGCACCGCCGCCUGGGUGGCCGCGGGGCUCUGGGGCGGCAUCCUGCUGCUCAAUUGCCACCUGCUCCUGUCCUCGAGUGCCGGCAGCACCUGCCUCAGCUACCAGCUGGGCACCAACUCCUCGGCCUCGGACCGCUGGCACGAGCUGCUCUUCGGGCUGGAGUUCCUCCUGACCCUCGGGCUCGUCCUUUUCGCCGUGGCCAGCAUCCGGCGGACGGUGCAGCGGCGCGGCCUCGGGGGCCAGGCGGGCCCGCGCCGGGCCCUGCGCGUGCUGGCCGUGGUGGUGGCCGUCUACGCCAUCUGCUUCCUGCCCGCCCUCGUCUUCGGCACGGCCACCAUCGCGGCCUUCGAGCUGGGCUCCUGCCGCAUCUUCGACCUGUGCGCGCAGCUCUUCCACGGCUCCCUGGCCUUCACCUACCUCAACAGCGCCCUGGACCCGGUGCUCUACUGCUUCUCCAGCCCCAGCUUCCUGCGCCAGAUCCGGGCCCUGCUGGGCCUCCGCUCCAGCGCGCAGGGCUCCUCCAGCGAGGAGAACUCCCACCCUUCCCCCGCCCGGCGCCCAGAUGCCCCCGGGCACGUGGAGGUGGUGUUGAAGGGGAAGGACUUGGCGUCUGCCGCCAGGGAGGGGCAGUGA